AUAAAAUAAUUAUUUGCAUGAUUGACUUAAUUGAUAAAGAAGUAAGAGGGUAUAAAUUUAUUAAAUUGAUUGGAAAAGGAGCAUUUGGAUUUGUAUAUAAUAUAAAAUAUGUUUAGGUAUUUUAAGGAAAAGUUUUGAAAGAUAAACGAAUAGUAGCAAUAAAAGUGAUAGAAAUAGAAAGAUUUUAAGAAAAUGAUGGAAUCUUAGGUGAACUUGUUUUAUCGGAAUAGAAGGCAUUAUAAAAGGUUAAAAGUAAAUAUGUAGUUGGAUUUGUUGAUUGUUUUAUGGAUAACUUAUAUAGUUAUUUAGUAAUGGAAUAUUGUGAUUGUAAUUAAAUGUAUAAUAUAUAAUAGCUGGAGAUCUAGAAUAAUAAAUCAAGAAUCCAAACUUGAGCCUAACAGAACAAGAUGCAAUAGGAAUAUUACGUUAAAUACUUUCAGGAUUAAAAGAUUUGCAUUCUACCUUUAUUAUUCAUAGAGAUCUUAAAGCAGCUAAUAUUCUUAUACAAAGUCGUUCAAUUUAUAAAAUUGCAGAUCUUGGAUUUUGUAAGAUGCUACAAAAUGAAGUAAUUUCACUAUAUAUAUAUAUUUUUAGAAUGAUUAAUCUCGUUUAUAACUUGGAUCUCUUUAUACUAUGGCUCCAGAAAUACUUAAUUAAAAUUCUUAUGGAUUAUCAUCAGAUAUGUUUUCAGUUGGAGUUAUCUUUUAUUAAAUCUUAUUUGGAAGAUAUCCAUUUACACAAAAAGACUAUAAGUCAUAAAGUUAACGUAAAAUCAUUUUAUUAGCUUAGCAUAAAUUAAUUUUAAUAAAAAUAAAAUUGAUGUAUCAGAUGAAGCUAAAGAUCUUAUUGUGUAAAUGUUAUAAUUUGAUCCAAAAAAAAGAAUAACUUUCUUACAAAUCUCAUAGCAUAAAGUCUUUUAAAAAUAAAUAUUUAGUAAUAUCUAUUAUUAUAUAAUUAUAGGCUAAAUUAGUAGAAUUCAAAUAGAAAGUUCUAAAUUAGACUUAGAAGAAAACGUUAACUUUUAUUAAUAAUAAGCAAAUAUUAUUGAAUAAGAAAAUUAAAAAGAUAUUUAAACAACUUAAUAACGAUUGUUGACUAAUAAAUAAUAACCAUAAAGGGAUGUUUAGUUUACUUAGUCUAUUAAAAAUUUAUAAAUAGAUGAAAUUCCUUUUUAAGAUAAAUCUAAUUUAGAUAAUGAUUUAAAACAAAAAAUUAAAAAAACUAAUGAAAUGAAUUUAAAGAUUGAAGAAUUGAAUAGAAGAAUGAAUGACAUUUAUUACUUUUCAAAUACUAUAUUAGAAAUUUUUUAAAUCUAAAUGAGAGCUCAUUAUGCAGCAGUACUUUUAUGUUAUUAAGUUAAAAAAAUGAACAAUUUAAUUUAAAUAUAAAUAUUGGAAUAAAUUUCAAUAGUUAAAGAUGACAAUGAUUAUUAAAAUGAAUUAAAUUAACUUAAUAAUUUGUUGGAAUUAGCAGGAUAGCAAUAUAUAAUAAGUGAACUAUAAUUUGAGGAUAUUGCAUAUUAACAGAAUUUAUCUGGAGAUAAAAGAAUUUAAGAAAUGCUCAAAAAUUAACUCGAUUAAUAUAAUCUUAAUAACAAUCUUUAUUAAGAAAUAGAUUAGAUUAUUAAGAGAGAGAAUAAUUAAAUAACAUAUGCCAUAUACCACUUGAUAAUCUGUUGUCAAUAUUGCUUUAUGCUAAACAAACCAGUUAAUCCUAUCUAAUUAGACAACAACAAUUUUAAUAUUUAAAAGUCUAAAUAAUUAUAUCCUAAUCAAGCAGAGAUUAGAUUAAAAUUUUAAAAAAUUGUUGAAGAUGAUAAAAAUUAAUAUUGA